CCUAAUUCCUCAGUACAAAAAUAUUCCAGUCACAUUGACUGGAUCAUAGCUUUCAGGGCAGGGCAGCUGUGCACACACAGCCCAGUAAACAGCAGUAUACACAGCUGCAGGGAACACUCAGAGAAGAGAGCUGCAGCAGUGAGUGACAAUGGAUCUGAUGCCAGACUUUUCCUUAGAAACCUGGGUUCUCAUGACUACCAGCCUGGUGCUCCUGUAUCUAUAUGGCACCUCUACACAUGGACUUUUUAAGAAGCUGGGCAUCCCUGGGCCAACACCUCUGCCUUUCCUGGGCUCACUCAUGGGUUGCCGCAAGGGCACGUGGGAUUUAGACAUGAAAUGUUAUAAAAAAUAUGGAAAUAUGUGGGGAUUGUUUGAGGGUCGGCAGCCUGUGCUGGUCAUCACUGAUCCAGAGAUGACGAAAAAAGUGCUGCUGAAAGAAUGUUACUCCAGCUUCACAAACCGACGGUCUUUUGGGCCAGUGGGAAUUAUGAAAAAUGCCCUCACCAAUUCUAAGGAUGAAGAAUGGAAGAGACUUAGAACACUGGUGUCUCCAACCUUCACUAGUGGAAAACUCAAGGAGAUGUUACCCAUCAUUUCCCAUUAUGGAGAUGUGUUGGUGAAAAACCUGAGUCAGGAAGCAGAGAAAGGCAAGCCCGUCAACUUGAAAGAAAUCUUUGAGGCAUACAGCAUGGAUGUGAUCACUGCAACAUCGUUUGGAGUGAACAUUGAUUCCCUUAGAAACCCACAGGAUCCCUUCUUGAAAAAUCUCAGGAGGCUAUUAAAUCUUAAUUUGUUUAGUCCUUUACUUUUCUCAGUUACACUCUUUCCUUUUCUUACCCCAGUAUAUGAAGCAUUGAAUAUCAGUAGGUACCCCAGAGAUGUUACAGAAUUUUUGAAAACCUCUGUUGAAAAGAUUAAAGAAGAACGUCUCAAAGAUAAGAAAAAGCACCGAAUGGAUUUUCUACAACUGAUGAUUAACUCCCAGAAUUGCAAGGAAGUUGAUUCCUACAAAGCUCUGACUGAUACAGAGUUGGUAGCCCAGUCAAUUGUCUUUCUUUUUGGUGGCUAUGAGACCACUAGCAAUACUCUUUCUUUCAUCAUGUAUUUAUUGGCCACUCACCCUGAUGUUCAGCAGAAACUGCAGCAGGAGAUUGAUACAGCUUUUUCCAAUAAGAUGCUUGUCACAUAUGAUGCUGUCAUGCAGAUGGAAUAUCUUGACAUGGUGGUGAAUGAAACUCUCAGAUUAUACCCACUUGCUGCCAGAAUUGAGAGGAUAUGCAAGAAAGACAUUGAAAUAAAUGGGGUAUUCAUUCCCAAAGGGACAGCUGUGGCAAUUCCGACAUAUGUCCUUCACCAAGAUCUGAAGUACUGGACAGAGCCUUAUGAAUUUCGCCCUGAAAGGUUCAAUAAGAAAAAUAAGGACAACAUUAAUCCUUACGUAUACCUUCCCUUUGGAGCUGGUCCUCGAAAUUGCAUUGGCAUGAGGUUUGCUCUCAUGAACAUAAAACUUGCUCUGGUCAGAUUAAUGCAGAACUUCUCCUUCAAGCCUUGCAAGGAAACCCAGAUUCCCCCUAAAUUAGCCACACACGGAAUCCUCAAGCCUAAGAAGCCCAUUAUUCUAAAGAUUGUGUCAAGAAAUUGAACUGUACAUCAAGCUUGA